ACUAUGAAUUAAUUCGGGCUACAGCACGCGGUGAGCGGCAGGUCGAGAGCGGAUCGAUAUAUGAAGGCAGCAUGGGCUGCCAGCCGUCGCGAGAUCCGCAUUCGAUUCAGAGUGAGGUUCCCAAUGAAAUCGAGGAAGAAAUGGCGGAGCGUUUGGAAGAACCCGCUCCGCCGGCGCCGACAGAUCCACGCUUACCCCUGACGGCCCUGCAGGUUUUCAAGCUGAAAAAGUCGUGGAAAGGGAUUAAAAGGUGUAUGGAAGCAACAGGGGUGGAGAUGUUCAUAAGGCUAUUUCGGUCAAAUAAUGGACUACAGCACCUCUUUAAAGAGUUCAGGGAUAUUGACAGCAAUGAUGAUUUGCGUACUAACGAGUUGUUGGCAAAGCAUUCUAACUUGGUGAUGGCAUUACUGGACGAAACCAUCUGCAAUAUAGACAAUGUGGAUUACGUGCUGGAAAUAAUAUCACGGGCAGGGAAAUCACACGCUAGAUUCGAGGGAUUCACGCCAGACCUUUUUGUGUGGAUGGAGAAGCCGUUUCUGGAAGCUGUCAAAUUGACACUUGGUGACAGAUAUACGGACAAUAUGGACGUCAUUUACAAAUUAACCAUCAAAUUUGUCCUAAGCCAUAUGGUAAAAGCAAACAACGAGCUAACAUGAUACCAGGACGAUGAUCCAUUUGGGGAAAACAAAACUCGUUUCAGACGACUCUCUUAGGAUACUGCUGCCAAUAGUACAUUGCGGAGUGACGAGCGUUUCUUUAGUUAUGCCUAUCGUCAAACCACCAUCCCGAGUUAUCCAUAAUGUAUCAUACAAGCAAUGAAACGACCAUACUGCAAGCGGAUCAUGGAAUCGGCUCUGAGCUCAGGUGUUGGGUUUGUGUGAAGUCUGAUCGAGCAAUUCGGUAACAUCUUCUCUCUAUCAUCUCUUUGCAGAAGUGAAUUAGUGAGUGGACCCAGAUGUUGGUUCAUAAAAUGUCUACAGAACUGUUGUUAUCCAUACUUACAGACGUACUUUUGAUUCCAUUUUGGAUUGUAGUUUUCGUGAAGUGUUUUCUUUUUUUUAUCAUUCGUGUGUUCGAGAGUCUGUCUAUAUUUGGGAAGAGUCGACCACAGAGCUUCCCAUUGUAUUUUAUUUCGUGUAAUUAUAAUAUUUUCUAAUUUCAGUCUCUAUAUCAGUCUUUAUUUAAUCUAUGCUAAAGUGAAUCAGCCUUUAGAUUUUUGUUACAAUACUCUGUUUGCCGUAUACCAUUAUAUUCCUCUGUUGGGUUAUAAAACUCAAGGCUAAUAAAGAACUUGAACUUGAACCGUCGUGUUAUUAAAAGAAACAUUUUUCAAGGUUAAGCAUAUAUUUAUAAGUUAAUCGCCAUUUCAUAUAAGAAUGGUUGGGAACACACUGUUUAUUACAGAUAUUUUGUUUUUAAUUUCUGACAAUUAUAAUGACCAAAAGCUUUAAAUAUAUAGCAUUGGGUCUAAGAAUAAUUACUGAAUUAAACAUGUUCGAGUUUUAGUUUACAAGUAUGUCUAACAAACAGAACAUCUGGGCACAAAGGAGAUCCUUAUAUAAAAUAUUUUUGUUUUUUUAAGUACAAUAUAUUUAUUAUUGUGGUUACAACGUUUAUGGACCAACGAAACUAUAACGGUUCUAAUAUACUGCUUAGAUUACGAAUUUACGAAUAUAAUAUUUCUAAAGAGUUUGUACCGUAGUUUCUAGUUUUGACGAAUACUAUAAUUUUGGCUUGAAAACCCAAUAACCGGUAACCGGUUCAUUUUAAGUAGAAUAUUGUGAUAUGUUGUUUCACCAGCAUGGCAUCUGAUAAUAGUAAACUGAUCAAAUUGUGCUACCAGCAAUAAGUAUGCAUUACGUUUAUUGGUGAGUUAUUUAUGAGGAUUUCUGUGUAGCGACAGCUGGUUCCCAGGAGCCAAUUUCACAAAACAUCGUAAGUUUACGUCUGCGACUAGCAGUUUAUACCGGUCAUUCGUGGACGUGUAUUUGGCAUCUAUUGCAUGCAGAAAAUUAUAAUAUAUCAUUAUGGAAGAUGGAACAUUUUAAUGAAAACGAAAAUGAAAUGUGUGUGCUUCAAGCUAUAUUUAUGUACUUUUAACAAUAAUAAGAACUGUGGUUUAGUCGUAGAUUCACGAUGUUUUGUGCAAUUGGGAUCAGACUUUUAUGUAGAAGCAGUAAAAUAGUUUUAACUAUAAAUAAGACAUUGUUGAGUCGCAUUGUUUUCACGUACCGUUACUCCAUAAAUACCAGGGUGCGUACAAAAUGAAACGCCACAUCUAGUUUGUUAGGCGCAAAUUUUAUUUGUCCAUAAGCGUGCAUAAAUAUGCAUACGUGUACGGAGAGGCAUAUAAAUGUAAUCUACUCCACCUAUUUGCAUAGAAAGUGAUUACUACGGAUUACGCCUUGCGGAUUACGAAUACGUAUACGCAUACUGAUCACGAAUACAUGGAAUUUGCGCCAUACGUGAUAAAUAAAGCGCUAAUGAGGUCCAGUAAAAUAAAUCAGUAAUUGUGAGACUUAUACCUGAGUCGGUAAAAAAACCCAAGCAAUAAUUUAAUGACAGUUGACUAGAUAUGUUACUUCUGCCACACAUUUUAUUUGCCAUUAAGACAUUUAUUCGGGAGACAUUAUUAACUGAUCAGUUAUAAAUAUAAAAAGUAUGCAUCCAAAUGGUAUCAGGACUGUUUUUUCAUGCCGUCGAUGACUGUGGUUAUGUUAAUUUAGUCCGAUAUACUUCAGUUUUUCUCUUUUUUCUACGAUAUUGCAAAGUGGAAACAUUUUGUAACCAUGUCCGGGUUUAGUGUAAAUUUAAUAUCCUCGGGAAUCGUUGUUGUAAAGAGAUACGACUUUGAAACAGUAACUGUUGUACAAUUUUGUUUUGGAUCGAAAGAUAAUGAUUCCAAAACAUACUUUAUUGUGUAAGCAUGUCCUGUUUAAGAAUACUAUAAAAAUUCAAGGUUUGUUUGAUUUUUCCACACGGUUGUUCCAUUUUAUCCUGUGCUUUUAUUUACCAAUAAUCUGUCUGCCUGCCUGCCUGCCUGCCUGCCUGCCUGCCUGCCUGUUUGCCUGCCUGCCCCCCCCCCCCCUCUCUCUCUCUCUCUCUCACUCUCCCUCUUCUCCCCUUCUCUCUCUCUCAUAUCGUUUGAUUACCAGGCCUAUAAAAAUAUUGAUGUUUUCUUCAGAGUAAGCUAUCGCGAAGAACAUCCAUCGUGUGCAUCAAACUCGGAGUCCAUGUUCUCCAUAUCACACGAGCAUUAAUAAGAAAGUAGAGUUUUUAUGGAAUUAUUAAUUAUAUAUGAUACAUAUACCUGCACGAGUAUUGAUAGAGUAAUUAGCUGCCGACUGAAGGAGACAAACAUGUUUCCAAUAUCCUUGUGUGGUUUAUUUAAAUUCCAUUGCCUUACUCGGGGCCAUAGCUAGGAUUUUAAAAAUUAUUUCUUGGGGGUGGGGGCAGAUGAAUUAUUAGAACGAACGAGCAUAGAAGGCGCAAGACACUAGGAAUUCUGGAGGCAUGCCCCCAAGGCAUUUUGAAGACGCUCUGAAAUCCCAUUUUGCAGCUAUUUCAGGAAGGUUACAUACUUAAAACGUCAAUAUCAAUAACCAAUAAAUUAUGUUUCUGCCUCGCCCCCCCCCCCCCCCCCCCCACCACACACACACACUAAUUACGACCCUGUUACUAGUUUCUGAUUUCAAGUCAUUACUGGGUCUUUUUUCUCUCUCAAAAUUCCAUAUAUACGAAUCAUUAUCAUGAAAGCAGAUUGUUAGCUUUAGGCCAUGGUGUAAUAUUAACUUGAUGGUUAAUUCAGUUGUUUUUUUAAUUUUCAGUACAUAAAAAUAUUGACGUGAAUUAACAUAUGACUAAGACCGUAGUUAACAUUUUAUGUGAUCUGGAAUACUGGAACUUUGGGUUAAUGAUCAUGGUACCGAUGCCUCAAUAUUAGCAGCCAGUUGUAAUAAAACACAUUUAGUCUGAUGACAUAUAAAACGGGAAGAGAUGAUGGACCGUCAUUGACCGCUAUGUCUGACAUAGAUGAAUGUAUCUGGCAUUAAAUUUUAUAUCGCUGUAGUUCGUGUGAUUGGUAAUGGAAAUCGGUCGUGAGCAGUAUCCGUUCGAAGCCUGGUUUCUGAAACCAAACUUGUAAAUUAUUUCCUCCUGUUUUGUUUUUUAUGUAUCUGUCAUAAUUGGGAACUGUUCGUCCGUCUCAAAUACUCCUUUAGUCUUGUCAGUUGAAUUUUAUAGAUGAAGAUUAGUCUACGUUUGGAAUUGUUUGUUUUCAUAUGUUUUCAUAUUAUUAUUAUUUUUAAUCAAUUAGUUAUAUGUUGUAAGCAUGUCAUUGAGAAAAGGUUUAUAUAUUUAUAGAAACACUGAAAUGUUCUUCGAACAAAUAAUUCUUAUCAGUCGGGAGUUGUGAGUGGGGUUACAACACAUUGCAGUGUUACUGAAUCUAUAGUAUCCUCAAACAAGCAUAACGAGAAGUCUUUAUCUUUUUUAUUUUUUGUCUGGGUGGGAGAGAUACGCCUGUCUGAUUUAAAUCACAGUUUAUGGUGCCGCAGAUAAACGAGAGAACACAAAUCUGUACGAAAUAUCUGGACAAGUCCAUGCAUGCACAAGAAUACAUUUUGUGUUACUGUUUUUUGCUUCAAAGAAAAUCAUAUGUUCUCUUCCUAAAAUCUUUUCAUAGAUUUUAAAACUGCCUUGUAUAUUUAUAUUUAUCACAUACUGUAAUUACAUCUUUAAUAUUUAACUUCUUUAGACUAGUCAUAGCAUUGAUUAAUCUCAAACGAAAUUCAUCAAACAAAGGGACAUAACUCAAAAUAAUUUACAAAAUAAACAACAUCUGGAGUUAACUAUUAUGAAAAGACGACGAGUUUAUCAGGUUAUCACUAUUUUGUUUACCUUCAUUAUUCUCUUUUUUUAAAUUAUAUUUUAUUAUUAUUAUUAUUAUUAUUAUUACAUUUGUACUAAUUAACAUAGGUGUAUGGUACUAUUGUAGAAAACAAACACGGCUUGUAUACAACGAUGUUUUGUUCAACAAAUAACGUAACUCAACUUACAAAUGUUUAUUUUAUUAUUAAUAAUAUUUAUUAUAAUUUAUAAUGAAUUCAGGUUAUCCUAAUUAAAAAUUAUGAUUAUUGUAAAUAUAUCUUAUUAUUAUUAUUAUUAUUAUUAUUAUUAUUAUUUAAAAUUUUAUUAUUUAGAAUGUGGGAUAGUAUAUGUUUGUAUUGUGAUUGAAAAAAAAGACUAAGCCAAGUUGCGUUGGUCUAGAGAAUAUGAAACAUUGUACAUAAAUAUCAUGCAUUAAUAAACUAUAGAUCGUA